AUGGAGGCCUCUACGAUUGCUGACGACUCUCAGAAAGAUCCAGAUGUUGCAGACUCCUGCGUGGACGAUGACUCCUCCACUGAUGAAUCUGCGUCCCUGGGUGAACAUCUUAAAAAGGGACGGUCUCGUAAACGAGCACGAGAUCCAAGUCAAUGGAAAGCUAAUGUACGGAAGAGGCUAUGCCAGGAAGGGAAACCCUACCUUUCUGUUAGGAAAAAGAUGGUAACAGGGAGAGAAAUAAAGAAUUUGAAAAACUGUCAUACGUCUUGCAGGUUUAAAUGCAUGGAAAACAUUAGCCAGGAAGACAGGGUUCAGAUUCAUGAUGCUUAUUACCAGUUGAAUCAAAACCGUAAAUAUGAUUUCAUUGCUACAACUACAAGUUACGGUAAGACAGACAGGCCCACUGGAAAGGGCCCCUCCCGGAGGAAGAAAUCAAUUAGAUAUUUCUUCUUCCUUUCCGAGAAGAAAAUGCGUGUUUGCAAGCCAUACUAUCUGGGCACAUUAUGUAUUAGUCAAAAGGUCAUAUACAAUGUCCAUGAGAAAAAAGACAAAACUGGUACACCAAAAGCAGACGGAAGAGGCAAGCAUGCCAAGAAAGUCACACAUGAAGAGGUUGUUCAGGGAGUAAAAAAUCAUAUCCUGUCUUUUCCGGCUGUUGAGUCGCACUAUUGUCGUGCAAAAACAGAAAAACGCUACUUGGAAUCGAACUUGAAUGUAACAAAAAUGUACGACCUCUAUGUGGAAAAGUGUAAUGUAGACAAAACGGCUGCUGUAAAGCUCUCUUUCUAUCGUCAUACUUUCAAUUCAAUGAUUCCAGCUCUUGAUUUCCAUAAGCCUAAGUCUGACAGAUGCGACAAAUGUGAGAUAUAUGACACUGCCAAAAACAACAACCUCUUAACUGACACGCUACAGCAAUCUCACCAAUCCCAUGUGAACGAAAAGGAAGCCAUGCGUGAAGAAAGGUGA